UCCUCAGUGGGUCUUAAUCUAAAUCACAAUGAAAGCAGUCAUUCUAGUUCUGGUUCUAGUGACAGUUGUUCAAGCAACUAGUCUCAAGGACAUUCUAAAGGCUGAGUUUAAUGCCUUCAAAUUGAGGCAUCACAAAGCCUACAAGGAUGCUAGUGAGGAGUUGAAGCGGCUGAAGAUUUUCGUGGAAAAUAAGAAACUGAUCGACAGUCACAACAAGCGAUUUACCGCUGGAGAAGAAACCUACAAGAUGGGCAUCAAUCAAUUUUCAGACUUGGACUCUAAGGAGUUUCAGGAGGUAGUGCUGUCAAGUAUCAAUCCUUAUAACUUGACAUUUGAUACCAAUCAAAUAUAUACUCCAUCACCAACUAUUAAGUUACCAGAGAGUAUAGAUUGGCGGGAAAAGGGUGCAGUUACUAAAGUGAAAAGUCAAGGAGACUGCGAGUCUUGCUGGGCGUUUGCUGCCAUUGGCACACUUGAAGGACAUCAUUUCAUCAAAUACCAGCAGCUUGUCUCGCUGUCCGAACAGAAUCUGGUUGACUGCGACACAACGAAUGGCGGCUGCAGUCGCGGCUGGACAGAAAAAGCUCUCAUCUAUAUCAAGGACAAUGGUGGCGUAAAUACUGAAGACUCAUAUCCCUAUGAGGGCAUAGAUGGCGAGUGUCGUUUCAAUGUUGAAAACAUUGGAGCUAAGGUCACUGGCACUGUCGGUGUACAGAGAGAUAAUGAGUCCGCAUUGGCAGCAGCUGUGGCAGAGAAGGGACCCAUAUCUGUGGCCAUUGAUGCAUCCUUCUUUCAGCACUAUGAAGGUGGAGUAUUAGAUGAACCAUUGUGCCAGGGAGAAGUAAACCACGGCGUUGUCGUCGUUGGCUAUGGUCGUGAUGACAUUGGCGGCGACUAUUGGCUGGUGAAGAACUCCUGGGCAGAGUCGUGGGGUGAAAAUGGUUACAUUCGAAUGGCGCGCAACAAGGAUAAUCAAUGCAGUAUUGCCAAGUAUGGCGUCUAUCCUUUGGUCUAAGGGACUUCGUUUCUUAAUCACACGUAAAUCAUUAAUCUUUAUUAAUUUAAAA